AUGACAAGUGAAGAUGCCAAUUUGUUUGAAAUUCAUAGAUUGGGAGGGAUUCCGAUAAUAAUUUCAUUAUUAAAUGAUCAACAGAAUGAUAAGAGAAUUGUAAAGAAUGUUUUGGGAAUUUUACUGAAUUUGGCAACGUUGGAUAAAUGUAGAAAUGAAAUUAAGAGUGGAAUUUCAAUGAUUUUCAAGGUUUUGGAGAAUCAUUCAAGUGAGUUGGCGAUUAUAGAGUAUGGAAUUGGUGCAUUGGUUAAUUUAUGUGAGGAUAAUGAUGCCUCAAUACGAAAAGAAAUGGUCAAUCAGGAAAAUUCAAUCAAAGUUUUUUCAGAAAUAUUGAAAGAUGCCAAAUUUACAGAAGAAAUGAAACGAAAUGUGUUAUCACUGAUUUCAUUCCUGAGUUUGGAACCAACAUUUAUUACAAAAAUUGUAAAAGCAAGUUCAAAUUCCACCACAACUAGCUCUACAAGUGCAACCACUGGAAAAUACAUGGCUCAGAAAUUACAAAACUCAGCCAAUGAUCAAUCACUUCUCAGGAUUUUAGUGAAACAAAUAGAUUUAACACAAUUGGAACAAAUCAGAUCGAAAACUGUCUUUUGUGUUUACAAUUUAAUUGUCAGUGAUGAUGAGAGUGGUUCCAUUCAGAAAUUAUUGGUAAAGGAAGGAUUUGUGGAAAAGAUGGUUUCCGUUUUAGAGAAUCCAAACAGUGAAAAUAAUGAAUGA